GAUUAGAUGCCUUCUAAAGGUUGUAGAGUUACUUAUUUCCUUGGUUGUUGUUGUUGGGUUUUUUUGGGGGGGCGGGGAGUUGCAUAACUGAAAUCGCCUCUGUCCAAAGAGUCAACGCAGAUGUAUUUACAUAUUGCACUUUGCAACACAGUAUAUGUGCCGCUUUCGGGCAGUGGAAGGGAAGCGGGCGCCACGAUAGCGGCCCAAGAGAUGCGACAGUAGGAGCACAUGGGAAAUGAUGCCUCCUGGGGCGAAGAAAGCAGGACAAGCCGCGGCUGCAGCGCCUAGUGGCUAACGCGCCUGUUUCCAAAGACACAGCGGCUGCCAAUAGCCUAACCAGAGUCUGCAGCCGUCGAGUUCGGCCCUGAGAAACAUCCCAGCACGCACUGCGAGAGAACGAACUACAACCCCCAGAGUACCCCUCUACGACGUAUUCGGACCCCUAAGGAUCAUGAAGCGCGGUGCAUGCUGGGAACGGUAGUUCACAUUUGAAAGUGCAGACGCCUGACGGGUAGGCCUCCGUCCGCCCGAGCUCUGCGACACGGUAAGGAAAGGCGGGAAGGCUCGCAUCCCCGGCAUAGCCCAGCUUAGACACCGAGUAAAUCCCUUCACACGGUCGGGCAGGCCAGGGUUUUUUUUUCCCCGCUGCCGCUUUCGGUAACCCUCGCUUCCAGGAUUCCGCUGGAUUUUGUUCGGUGCUGCUGCCCCCUCGCGGCGCGCUUGUGGCGUUAACCUUUCCCAAGCAGCCGUUGCUCCAGGCGUCGCAGCUGCGGCGACUCCGGCCCUUUUAAUUGCUUUAGGCGCAUGCGCAUCUGUUCGCUAUAAGCGCGUGCAGAGGGCGGCGUCGUGUGGCGGAUCCGCACUUUUGCUGCUAAGGAACAAGGGAGGAAAGUCGCCGCCGCUGCUUUGCGUGGCCGUUGGGAGGACGCUCCUUAACGCUUGGGGAGAAGGUUACCGCACCUCCCUCCAGGGGGAAACCUAGGGGGAGUGUUUACCUAUAAAUUAUUGUUGUUAAAAUUUAUUAAAUUUAUAUAAUGUGGAUAUAAAUGACUGUUGGCUGCAGCUUGCAAUUUACUGUCCAAUGCACAGGUGCCAGAGGAAGGCGGGGAACUGUGGCAACUUUACUGUCCUGCUCUGUUUUUCUGGUGACGGGGUGUGAGGAGAAGUUUAUUUUGGGGUGUCCAUUUCACAUAUUGUGUGAAGCUGUUUUAGGAGUUGGGAAAAGACUUGGUUCGUGGCUCUUAUUUCCCAUCGACUUAAGUGGGCCUUCCAUUUCCUCCUCAAAAUUGCACUUAUUUGCUGCGGGAGAAGGUCUUAGUCGAGAACUUAAACUCUGAGGAAAGGUGCAGUCUUUCACAGGUCUGCUUAGAAGUAAAUCCCAUUGUGUUUAAUGGGGAUUUACUCCACAGAAGUACAUGGGAUGGUAGCUCAGCAACUCUCCCAUACAACCUCUGCCCUUCCCCAUUGGGAAAGAAAUGCUGUUAUUAACACUUAACCUGGGUUGAAGGGAAAGAGCAGUUUCCACAUUUUGCAAUAAGCAGCAAAAUGCUUUUAAAGUAUGUUUUAACCGUGGCACCUGCUUCAGUGGAGACUUUCACUGGUUAUUACUUUUUCUCCCUUUAAAUACAUUAAGUGUGGUUUAAUUUAUUUUCAUAUUAAAUAGGGCUUGUUGCUUGGCAAAAAUAAAGCCAUUGAUUUAAAAUUUUCUUCAUAACUUUUUGACAGUGGUUAGAACCUGAAUAUUUGCGAAAGUGAUAGCUGUAUAUGUUUAGAUAGACACACCUCCCUCUGCCCUUUCUACAAUUAUGCACCAAAGAAUGUUAAUUUAUUUAUGUAAUCCAUAAAACUUUACACUGCUUGAUUGUAAUAAAAAAGCACAAAGAUAAAACAAGAAAAUGAAAAAAAAAUCACAAUAGUAUUUUAAAAUAUACAAAGGUUAAACUACUAAACAGACUAUGUAGCUAGCGGUGAUUUAGUAGACAUGCCACAUGGAUUUGUAUAACUUUGAUUUAGCAUCCACCUUCCCAGCCUCAAACUGAUAUGUGUUGUCUGAUCUUUAUGCUAACCCUUUUUUAUUUCUCCAGACAAUUUUUCAUGUGACUGAUAUGUUUGGUUUAGAAACUUUGAAAAAUUAAGUGAACAAAGAAGUUACUGCGCAGCUGAAAAUCAGAUUUUACUCUAGCACAAAACACAGGCAUAGUUGGGUGUUUAAAUAUUCUCAUUGAUUUUCCAUUUCCUAUUUGUACAGGCACUUCACAAAAGAAAUGCAAAAGGCUAAGAGUAUGCAGGCAAUGCCAUAGAAAUAGACUGUAUCAUACACGCCUCAGGCAGCAUUUAUCACUUCAAAGCAAUUGCACUUCAUAUCCAUUUCAGGACUAGUGUAUGGGUUGUGGUUACACUAUGUUUACACUAAGGGAGGCUAUGUGAAUAUGGUUAUAAAGUAGUCUCCUUUAAGUGGCUUGCUGAUUUGAACUUCAAGCACUUUAAGAGUAUGAGAGGAGUGCAGGGCAGUGUUAACCACACACCUGGCACUGGUUUUGUAAUUAUGUAAGCAAAAACAUUUUUGAGUGACACAGGCAGGUGGGCAUGAAUGGAAUGAUUUGCUUCUGUGGCAAAGCUUGUCUGUCUUGUUAGCCUCUUAUGCUUCCUUCAAUACGUUGCUUGUAGGUGCACUGUGUGUGUGUGUGUGUGUGUAUAGAUAGAUAUAAUAUCUAUCAUCUAUCUAUCUGCUAUAUACAUAAAGAUCCUUAGGUCUGUCUGACAGAUGUGUCAGAAUCAUUGAAGUAUUUCCAGAACACCCAGAAAUCUGAAAUUGGGAAAAGAUGCACACCAACACUUCUUAAAUAUUAAUAAGGUCUGGAAGCAGGGUACUUUAAUUUAUCACUAUCAAAAUAGAAUAUGAAGUGUGAUGGCAACACAUUGCAAGCCAGGGUGCAAAUGAAGCAGUAUGUUGGGCCAGACUUAGGUAAGGUAAUAAUGGGUCAAGUCACAUUUCUGUGGGAGUUCACCAGUCCCUGUUUUAAUAAAGGUAAAAGGUAAAGGUACCCCUGCCCGUACGGGCCAGUCGUGUCCGACUCUAGGGUUGUGCGCCCAUCUCACUUAAGAGGCUGGGGGCCAGCGCUGUCUGAAGACACUUCCGGGUCACGUGGCCAGCGUGACGAAGCUGCUCUGGCGAGCCAGCACCAGCGCAGCACACGGAAACGCUGUUUACCUUCCCGCUAUAAAGCGGUACCUAUUUAUCUACUUGCACUUGGGGGGGGCUUUCGAACUGCUAGGUGGUCAGGAGCUGGGACCGAAAGAUGGGAGCUCACCCCGCCGCGGGGAUUCGAACCGCCGACCAUGCGAUCGGCAAGUCCUAGGCACUGAGGUUUUACCCACAGCGCCACCUGCGUCCCUGUUUUAAUACUUGGAAGAAAAGGGUGACUUUGCUGGCAGCUGAUAGUGCAAGAGUAAUAGCCAAUUUGCCUUCCAGAAGAUAGACUCCAACAGGCUUUGGAAUGUACAGCCCUCCAGAUGUUAGACUGCAACUCAAUGGUCAGUGGUCGGGGAUGGUGGGAAUUGUAGGCCACAACAUCUGUAGGGUGUAUAAAUUUGGCCAUCCUUGUGAUAGUACUGGCUAAAAGAUAAUAAAAGCAAUAAUAAAAAAUAAUUGCAAACCCCCCUGUAGCAUGUAAACAUUCUGUACAAUUUAUGACCAUUCCAUCUUUUCAUGCCAGUAUAAUAAAUGUAAUGCCAACACACAUUUUGUCCGUCUGUACUAUCAAUAUUUUGUUAACUGUUCAUUGAAGAUGUCAAGGGUCUGUGCCAUUUUUGGAGGAUCUCGGGGAAUUGGCCAUGCUGUUGCCCAACUGCUAGCACAGAAAGGAUAUUGCCUGGCCAUUAUUGCCAGAAAUCUGGAUAGAGCUCAAACUACUGCAAAGAACUUGGGAGGUAUGUAUACCUUAGUGUUUUUGCAAAAUGUGUUGAACUAUUAAAGUAAUACAUGCGUGUUAAAUAAAGUAGCAUGAUUAUUUUACACUGAAUUUGAAUAUUGCAGAUCUGAUAGUACAACCCCUACAUAAUACAGUGGUACCUCGGGUUACAUACACUUCAGGUUACGUACACUUCAGGUUACAGACUCCACUAACCCAGAAAUAGUACCUCGGGUUAAGAACUUUGCUUCAGGAUGAGAACAGAAAUCGUGCUCCGGCGGCAUGGCAGCAGCAGGAAACCCCAUUAGCUAAAGUGGUGCUUCAGGUUAAGAACAGUUUCAGGUUAAGAACGGACCUCUGGAAUGAAUUAAGUACUUAACCCGAGGUACCACUGUAUAGUAUAAGAUAAGGGUCUGGUUAAUAGUUGAUGAGUGACAUGGGGAAUUGUUGGUUCUUUGUAAUGUAAAAAUGUGUACUCUGUCGGUAUCAGACUUCGUUUCCAAUCAUAUAAUUAGUAUAUUAUUUUCUAGGAUCCACAUGCUAGCUAACAGCUCUCUGUCUGUAUUUAUGAUACUUGCAGUCUCUGAAUGUUUUGAGAAAGUUUGUAUCUUAUUGCGGACUUUGUGCCAACACAGCAGGUCAUCUAGCAUUUAGAUGCGAUGUUUCCAAAGAAGAAGACAUCCAAAAUGUGUUUAAAGAAAUGGAGACAAGUUUAGGUCAAAUAAACUAUCUGGUUAAUGCUGCAGGUAUCAACAGGUUAGUUUCCAAUUUAAGCUUCUAUCAAAGGUACACUUUUGAAAAUAUCUAACAUAAAUAAAUAUACAGGUAUAAAAUAGUGUGGUUUAUUUUGUUUUAGAGUUUAAAAUCAAAGAUUUAAUUUGUAUCUAAAAGUAUGUGGAACAAAUUUCAUUAGAUUGAUUUGAUAUUCUUUGAUUUAAGGUAGUUGAAUUAAAAUAUCAUUAUCCUAAAAGGACUGUUUCAUUUGCUGCAGCCUUUAUACUGAUCAAAAGCUGAUUUUGGAGGGGCUCUUUAUCUACCUUCAUCUUGUUGAAACAAUAGCAUAAUCAGUAUUCUGGGUAAGCCUUUAGGGAUUGUUAUAAUUCACUACAAUUAUAGGGUGACUUCUAGUGGGCAAAGGUGCAUAGAUAAAACAUUCUGGAGUAUCCCUACUAAUAAGACAAAGGUUGCCAAUUGAGAUUAUUAGUGCUUAAUAAAACAACACAGGGUACUCAACUUCAUAAUGAACUCAUUUAGUUUUGCACUUCAGUGUUUUUCUAGUUUAAAACAAUAUAUUAUUAUUAGCAAAGUGGCUGAAAUUGUUAAUUUUCAGUGUAUUGUAAUUAAUUAUGCUUGAUUAUAUUGGCCUGUUUCUUUCAUGAGACUAAACAAUAGUAUUUCUAUUUUCCACUGUCCUUUUUUAAUAUUAGGGAUGGCUUGUUGUUGCGAACCAAGGCUGAUGAUAUGUUAUCCCAGCUUCAGACCAAUCUUUUGGGGACAAUGUUGACAUGCAAAGCUGCUGUGAAGGGUAUGAUUCAGCAGCAAGGUGGAGCUAUUGUUAACGUAGGUGUGUCUGCCUAAACAAAUAUGAUUAUUUUCAAUUGAUACUAACUUUUCAAGAAUCAACAUAUGGUAUGUUACAAGUUCUCCUAUAUAAACUCAUGCAGUUGAAGUCCUCAGCAUUGUGCAAUCAGAGUGUAACAAAAGGCAAAUGUAUUCUUCUUGUGUAAGAUGUUCAUACAGUAAGCCUUUUUCUCAUUUUAUAGAACUGCAUAUUCACUCCCACUGUUCUCUCAAAAAGUGUUUUCCAGCUUCUCUGAGGCUGCAGUCCUAUACACACACACACACACACACACACACACACACACACACCUAGGAAUAUGUCCUAUUGAACUCAAUGAGGCUUAAUUUUGAGUAGAUAUUCAUAGCAUGACUUUGUAAGAAAAUUAAAAGCUGCUUAUGAUGCAGCGGGAUGUGGUGUCUGCAGUUAGGGAAAACAAGAGGGGAAAUCUGUUCUACCUGCUUGCCUGCCAGACAACACACCUCUCUGGAGUUGUGCCCAUAAAUGCAAUUUUGAAUUCAUGGGUGCCCACUGGACAUCCUAGAUCAGGGAUAGGGAAUGCCUGGUCCUCCCUUGACCCAGUUCCUAUAAUCUAGUAUGUUUGUGAUAUAGCUAUAUUUUAUUCUUAGCUUUUUGUUGUAAGCAUCUUUGGCAGUAGUGUAGAAGGUGGGUUACAAAUAGCAUUAAAUAAAUAAGCAAAUAUUUUUAGGAGAAAUUCUGUGAUUUAUAUUUAUGUCUGAAAGAGUUAUUCUCUUUUCUAGAACCAAAGAGCUCCAUAGAUAAUGCCUAAUGGCUUCACAACAGUCCUCGGGAAACACACUGGAAGUGACUAUUUUUUAAAAUGUUGAUAAAAUAGAAAAAUUCUGCAUGUAGGUGGUUUUAAAACACAGAGUAGCAGGACAAGCUAAAAGUAAGAGAAAUAUUUGAGCCGCUCAGGGUUUUUUUUGUUUAAAUAGACUGACUUGAUGCCAGGUUCAUUUUAUUUUGCAUACAAAAAACAGAUAAAUAUAAAACCAUAUGAGGUAAUACAGGGAAAUGUCAGGGUUAACUGACACCAUCUUUCCUCUUUAACCACUUCCUAAAUAGAUAAUAACAAUCAUAUUUAUUCUAGUUGUAGACUUUUGUGAGUUCUCUGGCACCUGAGAGUACUGUACACUCACUGUCUGAGGGGACAGUGGGGCUUGCUGAGGUGUGGGAGGAAAGGAGAAAUCAACCAGCUUGCCAUCUGCUACUACUUCUGACCUUCUCCCUUUGCCCUAUUGCAAGGGUUUGGGUUCUCGCUUGUAUUUUCAUAUGGCUGGGACUGUAACAGCCUGUAAUUCAUUAAGUGCAUGCUUGCUUUUCAGCAUAAGGCCUUUGUGUACAUUAGGCAAAAAAGAUAAGGCAUUAAAAAUAUUUAAUUAAAAGUUAAAGAUCAAUACAGCUACUAUUAAAAAUGUCCAGUUCUGACUAUAGUUUCUAAACUUUGGCUUUGUCUGUCUUUCCCUUUGGUUUAUUUUAGGAAGUAUCGUUGGGCUGAAGGGCAAUUCUGGUCAGAGCGUAUACAGUGCCAGCAAAGCAGGAUUAGUUGGAUUUUCACGCUCUCUUGCUAAAGAAAUAGCAAGAAAGAACAUUCGAGUCAACAUGGUUGCUCCAGGUUAGUUUUUAGUUCAACUGUCACUUGUGAAUCAGUACAUAAAAUCAGAUGCUUUUAGGUCCUUAUAUACUGAAUUUAAUGCACAAUAUUGCUAUCAGUCCGAUAAUUGCAUCAGUUACAUACUUAACAGGUAAAGCAACGGUGGGGAACCUUUCACCCUCCAGAUGUUGUUGGACUCCAACGGGAGUUUUCCACCUGCCUUGCUCCACCCUCCAGCCCUUGGAUCCCUAGGGGCCUUCAGAAUGGUGCUGCUGCCACAGGCAUUAUGUCUGUGUGUGGUCAUGAAGUGGGUGGAAGACUGUGAGUCAUAGGGAUGGCGAGUGUGUGUGUGUGUGUGUGUGUGUGUGUGUGUGUGUGAAUCCAGCAGUGCUUAGUUUGUUUUUGAUUGUUAAGUUGUUAAUGUUGCUAGUAUUGUUUUGUGGAUUAUUAUUACUGCAAUGCCUUGUGAGUUUUAUAAAAUGACUUCUCUUGUGGUUGUGCUGUUUAGCCUAUUUUUUAAAGUUGUUUUGUUAUUAGAGUUCUAUAGACAGUGGUUGUUUUACUGAUAAUUUGUUAAUUAUUUUAUAAGGUUUAUGUUGUGGUUGUGAUGUUAUUUAUGGUGUGUAAGCUGCUUUGUGACUCAUGUGAGUGAAAAGCUGCGAAGAAAUAAUAAUAAAACAUCUAGAUAGGCUUGUCUAAAUUAGAAUGUCUUUAGCAAGUGCCAAAAAGAGUACAGUGAGGAUGCCUGCAUGAUAUCAAUAGGCAGGGAGUUCCAAAGUGUAGGUGCUGCCGCACUAAAAAUUUGAGUUGAGUAACACUUGAGUGAGGAUAUAUGGGGUAAGACAAUCUCAUAGGUAAACUGGUGCCAAGCUGUUAAGAUAUUUAUAUACUAAUAGUAACACCUUUAGCUUGGCCCAGUAGCAAAUCAGCAGCCAGUGCAGUUCUCUGAGCAUAGGUGUUCUAUGCUGCUAAGUCCCUCUUUCAGCAGUUGUGUUGUAGCAUUCUGGACUAACUGAAGUUUCUAGAUCAGGUAAAAGGGAAGCCCUUCAUAGAGUGCGUUGCAUCAAUCUAGUCAUGAAGUAGCCAAUUCAUGAGCUACUUUGGCCAGGCUUUUCAGGUCCAGGAGUGGCUGAAGCCGACAAACCAAGUGGAGUUGGUAAAAGGCAUUUUGAGCCAGUGAUGCUACCCGAGUCUCCAAUUACAGGGAUGGAUCUGGAAGCACCCCUAAACUGUAAACCUGCUCUUCAGGGGGAGUGUAACCAUAUCCAGGGUAGGCAAUUGACCAGGUCCUUGGACAUGGAAACUACAUACUCAUAGCGCCUCCGUCUUGUCAGGUUUCAAGCUCAGCUUGUUUUCCCUCAUCCCAAGCAAUAGCCCAGGGGUUGCACAGCCUCUCCUGAUUCAUGCAGAUACAGUUUUCAAACUGUUUUGCUUUAGUAAAAACAUUUCUAAAAAUUUCCUAAAACGUAACUGUGUGGUGACUGCACGACUGAACAGAUGAAUCAUUAUCUGCUUGGCAAAAUACAAACAGCCUUAAUACUUUUAUGUAUGUACACGUGCAGCAGGUGGAGUUCUUGCAUUAACUCCUGUAGUUUACCUUGAACAACUCAGUUUGAGUGUGUCCCUACUAACCACAGCAAGAUGUCGUUUUGAAUAUUAACACCUUUUGACAUCUCAGCAAGCCUCUAGCAGCACACUAAGUAAAGUCCCUGGAUGUGAGAAUUUAACCUCCAACCUCAACCCAAGGCAUUUCAAAUGCACUGUCUCUCUUCAUUUUAUUCAAUUCUGAUGUUCUGUGAUUUUAUCCUGCUAAGGCUAUCUGUGUAGGAAUUGCUUUGUACAGUACUUAUUUUAUAGUGCAGUGCACCUUUCCAUAACUGAAAUGUUUCUGUCAGCUUGCAGAGACUGUAGUGGAAAGCAUGGGCUCUGGUAGCCUAAAUAUGGAACCUUACCUUCUCUUUCACUCCAAACCUUAACUUGAUCCAAGUUGGAAACAGAUCUUGGACUUGUUUUCUGCCCAUCAUUAAAUGUAUAAGUUCAUGUCUAUAGUGGCCGAGCACGCAGUCAUUUGAACACAGGAUGUGCUUUUCACAGUAACGUAAAACCCUGGUUUGAAUAAGAGAACUCCCAAAGAUUCUGUGGACUAUGCAAGGCUGAGAUUGCUACUGCAGCCAUCCAAACUCCAUGUGUUAUAAGAUAGGGAACAGAAGUGGCACCUGAACCAGGCCCUCUGUAUUCUUUAGUUUAAAUAAGUUUAAACUGGCUUGGCUCGCACAGCAUUUUAAAUCACAGUUAAAUAUAGUUUAAAGGUGCACAGUGCUAAAACUGCAGGUACUUUGUUUCUCCCUCACUCUUGUUGCUGGUUUGUUGCCAAGAACUAAACCAGGGUUUGACUUACCAUUACAGCUGAACCCAGGCUCGGGGGUUGUUUCCCUCCAAACAAACCACAAGCUGUAUGAAGGCUUGCUGUCAGGUUACCGCCCAUGGAUGAUUUGGGGAAAACCAGCCAUAGGCCUGGGUUUUGAUGUAAUGCUAAGCCAAACCAUGGUUUAUCUCCCAGCAACGCAGCAGAAGUAUGGGAGGAGUUAAGUGGCAUGCAACAGCAUGCUUUAAACAAUAGCUAAGUUGGUUAGAUAUAGUUUUAGAGGUACACCUCAUUGAAAUCAGUAGUGGGACUUAAUGUGAAACAAACAUGGUUAGAAUGGGGCUAUGUAUGUAAGAAUUUGAAUGCGUAAAAUUUGUCACAGUUUCUGGACUGCUGUUUCCAGUUUCAAGAAGUUUUAGAUAAGUUUGAAUACACAAAUAUUUCUUUCCUUAAAUGGUUUUUUAGUUGUGCAACUAUGCUUUGCAUUUUGACAGACUCUUGAGCUCAGGAAACUACCGUAUUUUUUGCUCUAUAAGACUCACUUUUUCCCUCCUAAAAAGUAAGGGGAAAUGUGUGUGCGUCUUAUGGAGUGAAUGCAGGCUGCGCAGCUAUCCCAGAAGCCAGAACAGCAAGAGGGAUUGCUGCUUUCACUGCGCAGUGAUCCCUCUUGCUGUUCUGGCUUCUGAGAUUCAGAAUUUUUUUAAUCUUGUUUUCCUCCUCCAAAAACUAGGUGCAUCUUGUGGUCUGGGGCGUCUUAUAGAGCAAAAAAUACGGUACAUAGUUGUGAUGAUAGUAGUUUUAUCAGGAUUUGACUAGGUCUUAUUUCAUAAACAUAUUUUCUCUCCCCCCCCAAAUGUUAGGCUUUAUUCACACAGAUAUGACAACACACUUGAAAGAAGAGCAGUUGAAGAAAAUUAUUCCCCUUGGACGAUUUGGGGAGCCUCAAGAAGUUGCCAAAGCUGUUGCAUUUCUUCUGGAGUCUCCGUAUGUAACAGGCCAAGUUCUAGUUAUUGAUGGAGGUUUGCAACUUUUGUUUUAAAAGCCAUGAUAGCAUAGUCAGUGAGUGUGGGAAAACAUAUUCAGCAGUUGAAAGUCCCAAGAAGUGGUUUCAGGUGAUACUUCUUUUGUUAGUAUUUUAAAUUAAAGUAGUAUAAAUUUGUAGUUAGUAUGACAAACUUCAAAUCAUAUGCUUACUUGUCUGUUUGCCUCAGGUAAAUAAGCAAAUUAUGUGUGACACCAGAUUUUUUUUGGGGGGGGUAGAUGAUUCAGGGUCCCAUUUUUGUUUUUUGUGUAUACAGUGGUGCCCCGCAAGACGAAUGCCUCGCAAGACGGAAAACCCGCUAGACGAAAGGGUUUUCCGUUUUUCAAUGCGCUUCGCAAGACGAAUUUCCCUAUGGGCUUGCUUCGCAAGACGAAAAUGUCUUGCGAGUCUUGAGAUUUUUUUCCCGCCCCCCCCUUUUUUCUAAGCCGCUAAGCCUUUAAUAGCCUUUUAGCAGCUAAGCCGCUAAGCCUUUAAUAGCCGCUAAACCGCUAAUAGCGCUAAGCCGCUAAUAGGGUUGCUUCGCAAGACGAAAAAACCGCUAGACGAAGAUACUCACGGAACGGAUUAAUUUCGUCUUGCGAGGCACCACUGUAUAUUGAAAUGAAAUGAUCUGGUUUUUUUAAACAACAACAACAGUGCUACAUGUUACCAAAUACACUAAUUGUGACAUAGACCUUGCUUCAUCAGAUUUGUUCUUUCUGCAUAGAAAGCUUAAUGCAGCUCUCCUUCCAAAAGUUGGUCUAUUUUUAGUUCAUUCUGUAAGUAAAGUAUGAUCUUUUUCAUAGUUUAUGUUGGAAAACUUUGGUGUUCUACUUGGAGACGCAAAGGAAACUGAUGAUAAACUGCUUAGGAAUGUUGAAUGCUUGGUUAUAUAGGGCACACUCCAUGCAUAUUUAUUUUGUUUCUCCUAUGAAGUGGUUGCUAACAAAGAAUACAAUAUGCUGAACUUCAUAACCUUAGGUUUCUUAAAUAAAACACUAAUUUUCAAAGGUUUUUUCCAUUCAUUCAAAGUACUUGAAAUGGUGAAAAAUUAUUAUUUAGAUGUGACAUUUUCUAGCCGUCUCCUACUUGAAGCAUAAAUAUUUGUUUUUUCUAUCACGUUAGAAAGGGCUAUAUAUAUAUAUAUUCACUUCAUACAUUAAAAGCUAUCUAGUCUAUAUUCUUAUUCUGGAUGCUUUAUGGCUCUUUGGCACCAAUAUACCUCUUUAUCACAAACAAAUAUUUUGUGUCUACUACAGUAUCUGGAUAACAGAAAAGUUCAACUGUGUGCUAUAUUGUUACGUGCCACCCUUAACUCCGAACAUUGUGAUAUUCUGGGGGGUUGCAGGUGUGCUUUAACGCAGGGUUUGUUUUUCCUGUGGGACAAUAAGGCACAGUGGAAACUAGUGUCUUUAUGAUAUUUGGUGUAUUUGCACAUGAAAAACCUGCAGCCUAGAUGGAGGGGCUCACAGUAUUGGCACCCCAAAAGGUCGUUGCUUCUUUCAUAGUCUUGCAUUCAAAUGAACAGCAACCAUCAUGUUUUGCCUCCUCCUCUAGCUUAUGUCCUUGCUAACGCCUAACUUUCCUUCUGUACUCUAAACUCUCCUAAAACACCGGCCUUGUCUUUUAAGCUAACUCAGUUGAGAGAGGGAGGAAACCCACACAUGCAAAUGUAAUUAGCCUUUCCCUCCUUUGUGUCGUUUAAAUGGUUCAUCCCUAGGCUAACACCUCAGAAGGAAAUUACCUGUAAUAAUUAGCUUUUACACUUGGCUUAAUUAAAGGAUUAAAGGUCUAGCAUACACCUUAAAUGCACACUUGAGUCUAGCUAUCAUGUCCUAGGAAAUCAGCUUUGACACCCCAAACCUUAAUUGAAUUCUAGUGCUAAUUUGAUCCAGAAUUUAGGUGGUCCUGCAUUCCAGAUUCAUGAAAGUACAUGAAUUUUCCUACUAUUUUUUUAUUUGCACAAUUAUCUAGCUUAAAAAUGUGAAAUCUUAUUAGUGGUGGCUAAGUUGCCAGUUUGUUUUUUUAAAAAAACUGCUUUUUUAUUUUACAAAAGUUACAAUAUGCAAAAUCAUAAGAAGCUUUCUUAUAACAUAAAAAUAUUUCUAAUAUUAAAAAAUUAAGUAUAAUAUAUAUAUAUAUAAAAAAUGAACUCAUCAGAACUCAGACACAUAGAAAAACUCAAUGAGGAGAACUUUUAAUAGGAAAAAUACUUAUCUCUUUAUUAGAUUUAUUUAGUAAUAAUGCCUGCAAACCAGGAAGGGAUAAUAUUAAGGGCUGUUUCCCCUUCUUAUUGUUCAAAUCCAUUAAAACCUUCCCCCCUUCCAUAGAAUCCAAGAAAUCAUGCUUAAUAUUGUAAAAUCCCAAAAUUUAAUGUAUCUGUGCCAACUAAGGCUGUUGCAAGUAGGAGUUCAACAACUGGAGAGUGCCAUGUUGAUUAUUAUUUCUCUAAACUUCUCUAUUCCAAAAUAAUUUAGAUAUUCCAUAAAUUUUCCUUGUAAUUACUUGCCAUAGCCCUGUCCAUUCCACGUUCCCAACCAUUAGAUCCAGGGGUGCCAACUUGAAUAAAAUAUUGGGGGGCAGGUAAGUCCCGUCCUGCAUAAUUGAUCACAAGAUGCGGCACACACACACUAUUUGAAUGGCAAGGCCCAUAAACUUUGGGGCCCCCCAGGCUCCUCAGAUAUUUUACUGGGGGGCAAAAGGAAUCUCAGGUCCUAGGAGUUGGCUCCUGUGAUUAGAUCUGUUUGUAUUAUAAAUCCUAAAUAAUCUGACAGAGAUUAAGAACCAGGUUGUCCACAUCUUAUUAAGGUUUGAAGGGUCAUGCAUUUGUUGAUAUUUAACCAGAUAUAUUUCUAAAUGUCAUCAGAAGUAUAUUUUCUAGUCAUUACUUCUCAUUCCUGGAAUAACUGAUCAGUUGCUUUAUACAAUAAAAGUCUCAAAAUGAUUUGUCAGAAUAAAAUAGAGCACAUUAAAACAGUAUGAAACCAGAAAAAUGGGGGGAGGGGGAAUGACAAUACAAAAUGUAUAAAAUGCUCAUUCAGCAACAUCUUAAUAAGGACCAAGUCCUAACUGCUCCACUAAAAGAUGAGCACCACUGUAGAAAGCAGCUUUAAGUAAACAGGGUAAACAGCAAGGUCUUAGCCUGAAAAGAUGGUGCCAGACAACUACCUCUUGUGAGAGCAUUGCACAGAUGGGGUGAAACCACUGAAAAGUCCCAUUCCUGUGUGGCCACCUUCCACAUCUCCCUCAGGAACACACAGAAGGGUCUCUGAUGAAGACUGCUGGGUCCAGUCCGGUCCUUGAAAAUACUAUAAAUUACUUUGGUUUCUCCCAAAUUAGUUUUUCAGAGUCAUUUAAACUGCCUUUGUUCAUUUCAGCUUACUAACCAAUAGUUUAAAAUGUCUUCUGUUUUAAAGUACUCAAAUAAUACUAAUUUUGCAUCUCCCAAUCCAUUCCUCAUUUGUGUUAAAUAUGCAAUCUGAUUAUUCUGUAUCCAAGCUGCCAAAAUUAAAUAGUUUGUGGGCUACCCCCCCCCCAAAGCAAACUGUCAGUUUAGGCCUGUAAUUAAAAUUGGCAGAAAUAUAAGCAUAGAAUAAAAAUGCAAACAAAACUAUUCAGGUCUUCUAUAUAUCUUAAAAUGUAGUCUGGAAGUACUAUAUAAUUGAUUUUCUUGUAGGAUCAGCCCAGUAAUCAAAGGUGGAAGCAAGUUUACUUUCAUGUUUAGAAAAAUGACAUAUUCACUGACAUCUGGGGUGUGAGCAUACAAACAGAUCUCUUUUUCACCUCUUGAGGUCAGUAUAAUUUAAGGAAUAAUAGUUCAUUAGGGUUAGUUAGGUAAUAGUACAAAGAACCACAUAUAUAUUUCUAGCCAUUUAAGUUUGGCUUGUGUGCAGAGCUAAUUUAAUGCUGUUUUUCAUUUUGUUAGAAUUGCUACAUUCUUAAAAUCCCAAUUUUAAAUAACAGGUUUAUAUUAUUUGUGUACAUAAAUUCCCAUUUAUACAUAUGGUUCAGUUUCAUAGUUGAAAAUGAGUGUGCAUGGCUUCUUAUCUCUCUAUAAACAGUUAUUUCAUGAAAUUUAUGUUUGGCUUAUCUCUUUGCUUAAUUAUGGUCAGAGUGGGCAAAACAUUGUAAUACAUGACAGCAAUAAUCAUUUAUGUUUUACAAAGAGUUCAAUGCAAGGUAAUUGUAUCUAACAAAAGAUGGCAAUAUUCACAAACAAAUAGAGAACUAGGAUACACUUUCACUGAUCUUAAGGAAGCCAUAAGUAAACCAGAAAAUUCAGAAGGGGGCUGUAGCAGAAUUAAAUUAAUCAAGAAGGUAAACUCUUCAUUUGGGUGUGAAUAGAGACCACAUUUUUCUUUCUCACUACAGAAGUUAACCCGGCAUUGACAAGCUGAUUGUUUUACCACCUAUUACUGCUGUUACCAAGGAACAUUGUGCUUAUUUUUAAGACAUUAGCUGCUAUUACUAUUAUUAUUGAUUACCAGCCCUUCACCCAGGGCAGGUUGCAACAUUAAAACACAAUAUUAAAAACAGUUUAAAACCAUUUAUUGAAUUAUUGGAAAUUGAAUAACAAUUGAAUAUGUCAAAUAAUACCUGAAUUAUUGCUAUCUACACUUCCUGCAGGGACGCAGGUGGCGCUGUGGGUUAAACCAGAGAGCCUAGGAUUUGCCGAUCAGAAGGUCGGCGGUUCGAAUCCCCGUGACGGGGUGAGCUCCCAUUGCUCGGUCCCUGCUCCUGCCAACCUAGCAGUUCGAAAGCACAAAGUACAAGUAGAUAAAUAGGUACUGCUCCGGCGGGAAGAUAAACGGCGUUUCUGUAUGCGGUUCCGGUUCGCCAGAAGCGGCUUAGUCAUGCUGGCCACAUGACCCGGAAGCUGUACGCCGGCUCCCUCGGCCAAUAAAGCGAGAUGAGCGUCGCAACCCCAGAGUCAGUCACGACUGGAUCUAAUGGUCAGGGGUCCCUUUACCUUUACCUUUACACUUCCUGCAUGUUAUUUCCCACUGACCCCAAAACUUAGUUCUUCUGUCCUCCUUACAGUCAUGUCUAAUUAUCUGAAACUGAGGAUUACAUUUCAUGUAUGUUAUGUAGUGGUAGACUCUAGUCCAUGAAAAAUUGUGCCAUAGUAAACAAACUUUAGUUUUGGAAAUGUCACCAGACUUUCUCUUGCUUAUAUAUCGUUGAAUCCAAGAGUACCUUAGGUGUGGAGAAAAGCCUUCACCUAUGGUGGCAGUAUCUUCUAAAAACUCAGGAUGGUUUGGCCUUCCAGUGGUUGUGGCAGGACAGCUACAGGCCAUAAAACAUCAUUGUGUUUAGACAUGGGCCUCAAGCACUAAAGGUGCCUUCUCUUUUUCAUCAUGCCAUGCCAUGAUGCCAUUGCAACUUUUUGUAGUUGUGCAAAAAUGAAAAUAAAAUCUGCUGAAGUAAAUAAGUGAAUUCAAAUGUAGUCAAUAAGCUGAAACUGAAUGACAAUUAAUUACAAAUUGAUAUAAUUAUUUAAAAAUGCUUAGAGAUCCUACUAACUUUAACAGUAUUUGGAAUUUAUCAAAUUUAGAAAGCAGCUUUCCCACAUUGAGUGUCGUGCUUCACAUGCUCUUUAAUUGUGCCAGACUGACUAGGCCCUUCAAUUUCUGACAGCUGAAAAUAAAUGUCUAAUAAAUACUUCUGUGAGCAUUUGUUUAGCUGUCACAAUAAUAUUGUUUCCAAGAAAAUGAGUUAUUUGUUCAUGCUAAAUCUUGCUUGAAAUGUUUGCGCUCCGCUACUCCUACUGCUAUAAUAGUAAAUACCUCCUUCCACUCUGAAAAUUUACUAGAUUGUCACUGCAUCAUCAGAUGAAUUGAUGGACCCCGGCACAUUUUAAAGGUUGAUAAAUAGGCGUCUGUAUAAUAAUUUGGGAUAGAUAUAUUUAUGGAGUGCUUUCUCCAUGACUCAGCAGGGCAGAGAUGACUGUGAAAUGCAAUUACCUUUUCCAUUUCUUUUUCCAGUUUUCUUCUACUUCGCCAUCCCACAUGUUUUCCUCUAUUUGUAUCACACAGGCUUUUCUGCAUUUGUUAAACCAUCAUGCUCUCAAUCUAAUAGUGUGCUGAAGUAUUUGUUUUUAUAGCAACAGCUUCUUUAAAAGGCAAGCAAGGCUGUUAUUUUAUAUUUGAGGCAUGAGUUACCUCUGCUGUGAUCAUGAAUGUAUUGAGCGAAUACAUCUGUUUUCUUCUACUGUUUGACAAGCAAAAUGUUCCUAUAAAUUAUUGGUUAGCUCUUAUGACACACCAGUAAUAAAAUUAACCACAAGGAGAAAUCAUCGUAAGGAGAAAACAUUCCAAUCCCUCUGAAGUUACUCUGCUGUCAAAAGCUAUCUCAGUUUUGCUUACAAAACCAUAUUCAAGCCUGAAGGAAGCACGAUUCCUCUCAUUUCACCUACAUGGAGCAGGUAGGAUGCAUUUCCUUUUUUUACUUACUCCCAGGGCUGUUGCGGGUGAAUCAGUAUAAAGUUUAUCAGUUCUUUUAAGCAACUAAUUUUAAACUUGAAUGCUGUUUUCUCCUAAACAACUUGGUUCUCUAGAGAUGCAAACUGAUGGUAGAAGAAAUUAUGCGAGGUUUGCUCAUUUUGAACUUGAGAAGAAGUUCUAGCUUGUUCUUAAUUCUUAAUAUUCAGCUACUUUAUGUUGUUUAGGCUGAUGUGUCAAGAUACCUAAUCUUUGAAUUGGGUCUAAUCUAUGCUGCUUCAUCCUAAACCUGAGCUGUAGUAGUAGUACUUGUGAGUUGUAUCCAGUAGUGGUUCUGUGCUAGUGGAAGAACUUCCUUAAGGCAGGGCCCCUAAAUUUUGCUGAUCCCUCCUAUCCAAAUCAGUGCAGCACCCUGUGCCUCCCUCCAAACGUCUCUGGAACGACCUGGAACAUGUCAGAGAGCAGUAAGUGAGAGAGGUGAAAUGUGCUAGUAGAAGUACUUUCUCUUGCACAAAGCCACUAUUGGGGGCGAUUAGAGCAGGUCCAAUAGAGGCAUCCAAAGCCCUGCUUGUUUCAUUUGUGCUACAUUAGUUUCAAUUAUUGCAGCCUAAGGAUGUGGUCAAACCUGCUACUCUGGGCCUCAGAGAGUUAAGCUGGCCAGGGACUGGCUUCCUUUUUGUUUGAAUUUAUAACUUUAUUCUAACAAGACUCCCACUCUGGUCCUGAGAUAGGCUCUGCAUGUGGGUGAAAUGAAGACUGAAGGGUUUUUCGCUGUAUUUGUCAGUGGUGACAUAGUGUCUGCCCUGUUGGAUCUCAUGCAUUGUUUGGGGUUUCCUCUCCUUUCGUAGGCCCCAGAACCAAGCAAGCCCCUUUCCUCCCAGCAUUCUACAUGUUAGAGGCAGAAGAUCACAAAUGCAUCUUUCGGGUAAGAGCUCCCAUUUGUCAAUAUGACUUACUUGCCAUAAUCCAGGCAAUGGGGAAAGUGGCCCAGAUGUCAGGAGAAGUUGAUUUCAGUGGGGUUGGCUUAAAAAAAUACACAAUACUAGGCUGCAUCUAUGAAGUGGGAUCCUAAGGAUGUAAAUCAGAAGCCUACUGGAGUUCAAUGGGCUUUACUUCCCACAAGUGUGUAGGAGUGUACCCAGUUUUAUUUUUGAUGUCUUAAGUCCAUGACCCAGAAAAAAAACAAUUAUUAACUUGUGUAAUAUUUAUUGAUGUUAAACCCACAUGAUAUCAGCACAACAAUCCAAAGUAGUAUGAUUGUACAUUUUUUUUAUAAAUACAAAUAAAAAGAAGCAAAAUGCUACUAGUGAAGCUAAACAAAUAUAGAUUAGCGAGUCACAUUUGAGAAAAGUUUGGUAAAUGAAUGAUAGGACAGUUUUAUAUGACAGAUUGUGUAUGACAGUACAGAUAUGUAAGAAAUGCUUAUAACAAGCUGUAACCACUUGCAGCAGUUUGCAUAGAAAAAUAACUAUUUUCUGUGCUAAGAGUUUAUUAGCCGCUAAAAAAAAACCUGGUUUGUGUACUUAACAUGGGUGCAAAGCAAUACAUGUAUAGCAGUAAUGCAAAAUAUAUGGUGUGGUACAUAAUACAAAACUUCUCUUAAAAAGUACUGCACUUGAAUAACUGAGUUGAGAUAAAAGAGUCAACAUUUUUAUUAUAAAUAAAGUACUAUAAACGUGCUUUGAUAAGGAAUACAGUGUUUUCCUUUUGUAGCAAAGUACUCUUGUACCAUCAAAACCACAUCUUUUUUUCCUGCCAGACUCAACUGAACUCUUAAAUUGAUUUUGAAUGUUAAAUGGCUUAAUGCCUAAGUGAAGUCCAGUUAGAUGCAGAACUAGUCUACAUUCUGGAAGUUUGACUAUUUUUACUUUCUUCACGAAGUCUCAGUCUUAGGCAGGGCUAUUAUUCAUUGCUGCAGUAAGCAAUAACACAAAAUUGUAACAUCUAGUACACAUGCAUGCAGUGUUUAAAAUAUAACACCAUUUUCUUUAUCAUCAUUCUGCAUUCCCUCCUAUUUACUAAUCUAUUCUCUGUGGUGUGCUUAUCAUUCAAACUCUUGCAGACUCACUCCUUUCCCCACGUACUCUAUACUCAUCACUUUUGUCAUGGUGUUCUGGUCAAGCAAAUCUCCAGUAUGAUGAUGAUGAUUUAAAGCAUUUGGGUAACCAUGGAAUUUCAAAGAGAUGAAGUGCAAUGUUUUCUCAAGACGCUUUCAUUCUGAGAAACGUCUGUCCUACUGCCCCCGUCCUGUCCUGUCCCACUUACAAAUUUUAAUACUGUAAAAUAAUCCCAUCCCAUAAUGUCCAGAUUUUAAGUUAUUUUAUGACUUAGUCUGGCAGUACAGUUUUAAGUCAGCCACUUCUUGCCAGAAAACAAAGCUUUCAGGUGUGAAGCUUGCUUGCCUAUCCUAAGUUUCUUUAAGCAAGCAGCCUCCUUUCCCUUGAGAAUAGAAAACCAUUUACAGAGAUACUAAUUUCAUUUAGAUGUCUCUUCCUUUCCCCCUUCCAUCAGUAUAUUGCACAUUUUUUACUGCUGUUAAUCAGAAUGUGUUGCUGAUACACUUGCUGCUGUGUUGUAGCUUUAAAAAAUAACUAGCAUUAUUCAUUACGAGUUAUAGCACCUACAACUUGCAAAAGGCACUUGGUGAUAAGUUCUGCAGUGUGCUUGCUUCCGAAAAAUCUCAUUCACUUCAGCAUUUGGCAUUUGUGAAUAGGGUUAUUUAAAAACAGUGCUACCCCCAUAGUAAUGAAACAGUUAUGGUGAAGGUGAUGUUCAUGUGUAGGGGCUGUACAUUUCCAUUGAAUAAUCACUACUUUAAAUUGUAACAACGAGCAAGAAAUACAUGAUUAAGGUGUUCUUUAUCUUUUGCACACAAUGGUGUUUGCCUUUCACAUAAAGUGGCAUAAAUUAUCAUUGGUCAAGACAAUGGCUUUCAGUGUUUUCACUUUGAAAGGAAAUGGUAGGCCUGAUAGCCAAGAUUUACAGAUCAUCACUUUCUACCAAUCCAGAUUGUAGUGUCAGGUGUCCUGGGUUUGCUUCUGGCUGAAACGCAGCUUUGAUGUCUAGUCCUUGGUCAGAAAGUGCUGCAUAUCGACUAGCUGAGGGACGCACCUUCUUUGGUUUGGUGGUCUGGGGCUGUUGCUGCCACUGAGCUGCAGAAAGGGAAGGAGGAAACAGUUUGCUGCUGUAACAUAAGCACCACAAAUGGAAAAUUUAAGAGCUUGUUAGCCCUGGUUAAGAGGGAAUUCCUCCAGCAACAUAUUACAGUGGUACCUUGGGUUACAUACGCUUCAGGUUACAGACGCCACUAACCCAGAAAUAGUACCUCGGGUUAAGAACGGCAGCGGGAGACCCCAUUUGCUAAGGUGGUGCUUCAGGUUAAGAACAGUUUCAGGUUAAGAACGAACCUCCAGAAUGAAUUAAGUACGUAACCCGAUGUACCACUGUAUAGGAAAUCUCCUUCACUCAAUAUUUCUCCUUAGUCAUAAACUCAUGCUUUGAGAACAUUUAAGCCUGUAUGGAUUAGCCUGUAAAAGGAACCAGGAGGGCUUAAAACCCCAGAGAGCUACUGCCACUCAGUGUUGACCAGCCUUUCUCAACCUGGUGCCUGAUGGAUAGUUUUAGACUACAACUCCCAUCAAACCCAGCCACCAUGACCAAUGAUGAUGGGAGCUGUAGUCAAAAACACUGGAGGGCAACUAGGUUGGAGAAGGCUACUGCAGACAAUACUGAGCAAGAUGGAUCACUGGUUUCACCUAGUAUAAGGCUGAUUCCUAUGUUUCUAACCUUCCUAUGUACAACCAUGGCUAGUAGUUCCACCAGCUGAAGCUUAUAAACUUUAGAGAAAUAAUAUGUAGAGGAGCAUGCUUUCAUCCAUUUUCUGAAAACCACAUGGCACACAAGGUACUCAUCUCUGGCAACUCAUCUUUUCCCCUCUUCCAUUCUGUACCACUGGACCUUCUCUCUGAUGAAUUUCCUUCCUCUGCUUUCUUCCAGUUGCACAGAUCUUGGUGAACUUGGCAACAGGAUAUGGGAUUCACUCCAGGCAGUUCAGACACUAGAUGCUUUCCCAACUGCGUGCAGCCAAUCCUGACUGCACAGUGAGUGCAUUGGUUUGAUAUGCCACUUAUUCACACCUUACUUUGUUCUUCGGUUCACAACAUGAUUUUUUUUUUAAAAAAUGUACAGCUUAGCUAUGAGAUAGUCUUAUCCACAGGUAGUCAAUGAAGCAUGUCUGGAUGGUUGCCAUCUUUAAUUACAAAUCCACAGAUAUGCCGUGGACUGGAAAAACAUGCACACCUCUGAACCUAGGGAAAGUGGAAGCAACGCAGAGCAUUCUUCCAACCCCACCUGCAAAUUUGAAUAUACGUGUGGAAUAGGCUGUUAGGAACAUUGGUUUGGUAUUUCCCACAUGGGCUGCAAAACUAGAGAGCUCCUACAUUGUAUAGACCUAACUUAAAGUACAAUAAUCAUGGUUUAUGGCUUUCAAUAGAGCUAGGAUGAGGAACUUGUGGCACUCCAGAUGUUGGACUCCCCAACACUGUCCAAGCUGGCUGGGGCUGAUGGAAGUCCAGGAACAUCUGGAGGGCUACAGGUCCCCAUCUAUGACAGUGUAUUGCUGUUCUACAGGGAGCAGCUAAACUUACUAUAGACAUCCAGCCUUGCUGUGCAGGACACAAUCCCAGCCUCAUUCUUUGCUGACACAGUGUACCAACCAGCAUCUUCUUUUGUAGCUCCCUGAACAAGCAGGCAGAUAUAGCCAUGGUUAUCCUGGUGCAUGCUGAAAGAGAAGUAAAUAACAAUAGUGGCAUGGUUACGUACAUUUAUUAUUUUAAAUGAUAGUUUCUUCAUUCAGAUUUCGAAUUUAAGAGGCUGGUUUUCAGUUCCUUGAGCAGACCAAUGCCAGGGAUUAAUUUCAGGAUAAGCGUAAACCGAACCCACCCACCACUUUUUCAGGGUAUACCUAGGCCCACCUAUCACUUUUGGCAAUGUUGCUCCCUCCCAUUAGGAAAUGAAAAUAUAUAAAAAUAUAUAACCCAGGUGGGAAAAUAUAUAACCCAGGCUGGGGAAACUUAGCCAGAUGGGUGGGGUACAAGUAAUAAAAUUAUUAUUCUUAUUAUUGGAGGGAUGGGGAAACUGCAGCCCUCCAGAUGUUGGACUACAAGUCCCAUCAUCCCUCUCACCAUUGGCCAUGCUGGCUGGGAUUGAUGGGAAUUGAGUCGAGCAACUUCUGGAAGGCUCAGGUUCCCGGCACUUGAUAAAACUAGCAUCAGUGCAGGAAACCAUUUGUCAUCUUUUCCUCCCACUGUACUUUAUUAAUGUGCUGUACUGCUUCUGCACAUCUCCAACUCCUGCCCCACCAUGUAAACCUAAAACAUUCUGCAAGUCUUACAUUGGAAGCAGGUUCCUGACAUCAAGGUGAGGGCUGGAGGUUUGCCACCCACUGUGUUCAAUAUUUAUUACAGGUAGCUUUUAAGAAUUCAGAAAUAGCAGUUCUUUGUAAACCAUUCCCAAGAAAAUAUAUUUGUAAUUCUUUUUUUUUUCUGCUAAGCUAGCAUUUCUAUUUAGAACUGCUUUAGAACUGUAAUUUUCAGGGUUUAAAAAAAUUACCGUAUUUUUCGCUCUAUAGGAUGCACUUUUUCCCCUCCAAAAAAUGAGGGGAAAUGUGUGUGCGUCCUAUGGAGCGAAUGCAGGCUCCUUGGCUUCAGCGAAAGCAACGCGAAGCCUCCGAAGCGCAGAGGGAACGCUCCCUCCGUGCUCCUUGGCUUCGCGUUGCUUUCGCUGAAGCCUGGAGAGCGAGAGGCGUCGGUGCGCACCGACCCCUCUCGCUCUCCAGGCUUCAGGGAUAGCCAUGCACAGCCCCUCUGGCAGGGAGAGACUGCACACGGCUAUGGCUUCUUUAGCCCUGCGCAGCCUCUCCCAGCAGGGAGAGGUUGCGUGGGGCUAAAGAGGAAGCCAAAACAGCGAGCUGGAUCCAUUCCGCUCGCUGCCUUGGCUUGUUCCAUAGCUGCGCGCAACCCCUCCGGCAGGGAGAGGCUACACGGGGCUAUGGCUUCCGGAAGGGAGAGGUUGCGCAGCCUGUCCGCUGCUCUUUGGGGCUGGGGUUGGAAAUAAGAUUUUUUUCCUUGAUCCCCCCCCUAAAAACUAGGUGCACCCUAUGGUCCGGUGCGCCAUAUGGAGCGAAAAAUAUGGUAUAUAUAGCUGUAAGACCCAAUGUAGAUAACGAUAUGCUGAUUGUUCCUUAAGGAAGCAUCUGGUAGGUACAGUCCUGCCAACACAUGUUAUCAAUAAGAACAAAAAGAAAGCUUAUAAUUCAGUUUCGUCUUGUAAACUGUCAUUCUUUCCUAUGCUGUGAACUGCAGAAUCAGAGCCAGCUAUAGUGUUUCCCACUGCCAGGAAACCCCAGCCCCUCCCUCCACCCCAACAAACCUAGCGCCAUUAUGGACCAUCCACAGAUCCAAAACCUACCCGAGAAAUAAAAGCAAAUGCAACCCCUGACCAACACAAUACAUGAAAAUUUCAACGUCAAGCAGAGACUCAGAAUAAACAAGACUAACCUCACUCUGUCAGUAUUGUAUGUGAGCGACUCGUUUUCUUUCUUCCAGAAGAUCUGAGGGUGCGGCACACCUGAAACCCGGCAUUCCAGUCGCACAGGAUACCCCUCAGCUACACCUGUGUUUUGUAGCUUCUCUACAAAUACAGGUGGCUUGUGUGCUUCCUUAGCUAUAAAAAAAGAAAUAACUUUUCUCUCUCCCUCAUUUGAACCAAUAAAAUAUCCCAUACAUAUU